AUGAACCUUGAUAUGGGUCAUAGAGAAGAAUUUGCUGAUCUUGUACCAGCACCAAGAACCUCUAAAGUCGUAGACCAACAAAAAAGAUUCAGAACUCAACAUAUGGAACAUGGAGGAGAAGAAGUUGCGGAAUCGGAUAAGUCUUGUUCCAAAAAGGUAUCAAUGGAUUGUCUUCCAGAUGAGCUUCUCUCCAAAUCUUGGCCUUCUCACAGAAGAUGUGUUGAAGCUUCGAGGAGUUUCAUGCAAGCUCAAGAUGCAAGUCAUAUGUGA